GGAUGCAGUCGCUUCUGCGCCGGCCGCCGAGGGGCCACGUUGGCUGUGACUAGCGCCUACACCGCCGAGCCGGCUGUUGGACUCGCGUCUCGCUCCGGCUGCGCCCGGCACGUCGACGUCCUGUCAUCGCGACGGGAAGCUCCAGCACCGGCGUCCCUGCAGCCGCGGCCUCUGCACUUGGGCCGCCGAAAGAUUGGCACACGUUCUCGGCCACAUUUAGCCGGUCGUCCAGAGAGGGAGCCACUUUUCCCGCCUGACUUCCCCGCAGAUACGCUGUCUCGGUGGCCUUGGGCCUCCCGUCCCUUGGCCGUGGCGGAGCUGGCGCCGACCGGCGGAAUGACGCGCGUGGGCAACCAGACCAACAGCACGGACCCGGCAGCGGUCAACUCGCGCAUCUUUGUGGGAAACCUGAACACGCACGUGGUCUCCAAGGAGGACGUGGAGCGGCUGUUCAAGCGCUACGGACGCAUCAUCGGCAUCUCUAUGCACAAGGGCUACGCCUUCGUCCAGUACACCGACACUUACGACGCGCGCAACGCGGUGCUUGGCGAGGACGGUCGCACCAUAGCGGGCCAGAUCCUCGAUGUUAACAUGGUUUCUGAGCCCAAGCCUCACCAAGUUAACCGCAAAAGGCAGAACCUUGCGCCGGAUCCGUUCGCCACCCCCCGGCAGCUGGGCUCCCCGGUGAAGCGCGCCCGCACCGAGCCGCUCGCUUUCCGGCCAGCCAGCGCCAUCGGCGGCAACAAGGGUGUUGCCAAGAAGAAGCUGCACACGUACGCCGAGCCGGACAUCCUCAUCUGCGGCAACUGCCGGGAGGUGUUUCCGGGCCUGCAGAAGCUGCUCGACCACAAGCGCCACCGUUGCCGACUGCGCUUCACCUGCCGCUGCCACGUGGUCGGACUCUUUCCGGCCGAGUCGCCGCCUGGUAUUCCGUUGCCCAUCUGCGCUCAGUGCCUGGCACGUUGUGGAAGUUGGUGGGAGCUGGCCUGCCACCUUGAAACAACUCAUGGAAUGUCCAUCUACCACCAUCCACUGGAGGCAGCCACGAAUUCGGACGAGCACGACCCGAAGAGCUUGCAGUCGGACCAGGCCAUGGCGUCUCCGAACAACGACGGUGGCUGUGAGGAGGCGGCCAGCGUGGCCUCAGACAGCCGCAGCGACGACUGGGCCUCCAUCGUAGUCGAGUGCGCCAACCACGGCUCCAAUGGUGCCCACUCAAGCAGCGACCUCACCGACGAGGGCGUGGACAAAUCCCACGUUGACUCGCCGGUGGGUUCAAGCCACGACACCUUCGAGAAAGGUGUAGACACAACGGAUCUGCAGCCGAUCAUUGCCGCCGAGUAAACCUUAGCAGCGGCUACGCUCGCCUCUGCGACGACGAGAGCAACUCAGGACCGGCAGCGAGGCAUCUAUGUUUGUUACAAUUUCGUUUCCACUACAUGGUUCCUUUCCGACAACCCGCAACGUGAAUACAAUACGCCAAUAUAGCUGUGCCAAGUCAGGAAUUGACUUCGACAACACAUUCGAUCAGUCAUUCGCAAGCUGUGCUUCGAGACAUCUCGAGAUUUUAUGCCACACGCGCGCAUCAGGAGUUUCUGUCGUAGUUCUCAUUCCUGUUACCGUAACGUGUCAAUCGCAAAGCGUUAUUCACUUGCUAAACAUUUCGAAACGGUGUUUGUUUUUUCUGGUUUUCUUUUUUUUCAUUUGUGCACCAGCUUAUAAGUCCUCAUCUGCAGACAAAGGUGACCAUGUGAUAGCCUUUCGCAGUCUGCCCUUUUUUUCUUUUCACUAUGCCGUGUUUAUUCCUUUUCAUGCGACAUGCAGUGGUGUUUUGUUUAAAGAGCUACAGUCAUUGAUUACUGUUGCAAACAACAAUGAGAGGUGCGUAGAACCAUUCUCCGCCAGUCUCCGAACUACGCCACGAACUUGAUGCGCUGUGACUCAUUCAGUGCCCCCGGUCGUUAUUGCUGCUAAAUGCAGUUACUAAAAUCUUGAGGACAGAAAUUAGAACAAGGAAGUCUGCAGGAAUGUCGAUUUCGCAAGAAUGGAACCAUGUUACUAUACAUAGAAAGGAGUCAAAGCAACAACCCCAAAAUGUACUGUCUGCGACACACACAGUAUAUUUCAUUCUCCUGCAAUCUGCGGUUUCCGUUUUCUGUUGUGGCCGCAGGGCAGUCUACGUCAGUGCACAUGCGUCUGGCACAAAUAACUUUCUGAAUAUCAAAGUUUUGUAUUGCCGGUGCUUCCUAAGUUAUGACACUGAAUGUCAAAAAAGUUGCCAAGUGUUACCUCGGUGUCAAAUGCGUUAGCUGAAUGAUUUCUAUAAGCCGUUGCAGCCUGCUUGAAAUAAUGGGUGCGGCUUUAGGGGUGCAUGAUGAGCGCGCAGUUAAAUGCAUCGCGAAACGACAGCAUGCAUAGAAGAGAACGGACUCACAGAAAUUAUCACAUGAGUUUCACGCUGGAAAAUGCGGGACAUGGGUGGCGGUAGGGUGUAACGUGGAGAUGUUGCUUAGUUCCCGUGCCUCGGCUAAACACAAUGGAAGAACGUGCAGUACGGCUCGAUCAUUCCCCACUGCUCCGAGGCCUCUCUUUAGGCGUGACCUGGAAGUAUCAUAAGGUAUAUUUUAUGAAAAAGAGCCUAUGGUAGAGGCAAAAGUUAGUUUUCCCGGCAUGCCGUUGUUUCCGUUUCCAUUCCACCUGUGCUUGCACAUGUACAGUGUAGACGUUGCUGUUAAAAUAUUGUAAGUUUUGAGCUCGUAGUUGUAACAAAAAGGGUCGCUUGUUCUGAACUAUCGAGGACUUCUGUGCUGUUGGUCUGCUCGUGUCGGAAUAACCCUUGAUGUCUACAAGCAUGAAGAGCUUACAAACGCGGAGGUAUUAUUUUUAUCAAAAACUGACUCGCGCUGAAGAAGCUCUGGCACCCACUCAAGUUUCGGCGUGGUAGUUGCCCAACUCUGGUCGACAUAGUGCAAAGGAAUGCAUGUUGACUGCUGGAUUAGAUAAAUAUGCAUCGAAUUACGCUUUAUAAGGCGCUGACUAAGGCGAAAUUGUGGCCGCAUGGUUGAAGGCCUUUCCUUUUUUCUCUCAGGCCCAUGUACGAGCCCAAACUCAUGUUUCACCUUACUUAUCGUUUUCUUUUCAUUUCCUAUCAUCUUCAGCCAAGGAACGUGAAGUGCUAGUGUUCUCCUUGCACGAUGUCAGAAAAUGACGUGCUGAUGACAGUUUUAACGUUCGAACACGUGCGAGCUGAUCGCUGUUGGGUUUUCGCUGCCGGCCAUUUGGGUGCAAAGCUAUUCGAAGUUUGUCCGGACGAGGCGCCUUCCUUUGUUCUACGGCGUUGCGUGCGAAUCUCCUAAACACACGCUUGUAAAGCUGCGAACUUAUUGGCAGCGGUGAAAUAAAUGAAACCCAGUUUAAAAGCCUGAAAGUCAACUUUUGUUUGAUUUUGUUGGCAGUGGAAAGUAGACCUGCUGUUAGUACUGACGCGUUGUCAUGUCGAGGCCCCCUCUUGCUUAUAAGAAAGUAUUCAGGCAGGGCAAUGGCAGCUAUGCAUAUCUCAAAGAAAAUACGGGCGCUUCCUUGCAACAUGUCUAGAGGGAGAUGUUGGAAAUCAUAGAAAAAACUGACUGCUUCUUUUCCAUCAGUUUUUAUUUUUCACUUUUUUAUUUGAGAAAGUAUAGUAAAUGUCGCCAUGCUCUGUUAGCCCUCACAAUACAGCCGCCUAACUUUAGUAGCGACGAAAGCUGCUACGCUUUGGUUUGUUCUACAACUGAUUGCUUCAGCGGUUAUCACGCUGGAUGUUUGCAUACAAGGGCAACAAACUGUAAAGACGGCAUCCGCGCAGCCUAUAAUGUAGUAUUUUCAUAUUCUCUAUCACAAUAAAACAUAUCCUCUAUACUAUUCGUUAAAAUACAGCAUUAAAAGACGGAGGGUUAUGCUGCACAUAUUCAAGUGACCUGACACUUUAAAAUUUGCUGUCCUUGUGAACAGGUACGUGCUUAUAAACGAAGUGUUUCUUUUUCCUCAGGUGACCUUGGCGUGCGUUUUGCGCCUCUGUAUGCGCGCAGUUUCUGAUGCGAUAUUGCUGUCAAAAAAGCCUGAUAUAUUAUUUUACAUCUGGUUAAAGCCUGUGGAAAUAUAUUUUCAUGCUGGAACAAUGCAUUUCUGCUUGGUCACAGUUUGAAUUUAAUGUUAUCGUGUCAGUCCGGAAAUAAAAUAACACUAUAUUUUGAGUAAGUUAAGGCACAAGAUUUCGAGCUCCAAGUCUUGUGCAUACCAUUAGAGCCUUCAGGUAAGAGCCGAUAUGUCGUCUGAAACACCUCCUAUUCUUCUUUCUUUCUUUCUUUUUCUUUUUUUUUGUGUGUGGGGAGAGGUUGGGGGGGGGGCGAUCAGUUGCAGAAUUUUGUCCUCAUAAAGAAAAAAUCAGGUAGGGCAAGCCAGAUCACGAAAGUUUACAUAUCCAUGAUUUUUCUUUGAAUCAUGGAUCCUCUUGGUUUUUGUUUUAUUGCUUUGUUUCAGUCUAACGACAUUGAAGUUUGCCCGAAAGUGUAAAAAUGGCUCAAUAGCACAGAGGAAUGACACGAGAAGUCGCAUUUCUUUUGAGAGGGCACUUCGAACCGUUUCUUCAGUCCAAAUACUCUGCCAUUUCGUCUGGCUCAUUUGUUAAACAUAUAUUUGUGAUUUAUUUUCACGCAGAACAGAAUACGUAAGCGACAGCCGCAUGCAGCUCUCUGGAGAGGCGAUAAGCGCUGUAGGCACUGCACCGAUUUACGUCUCUUGUUCAGUCUCGUGCCAAAUUUCUCAUAUAGCUACUAAACCGGUUUAGUUACCUAACUUGCUCUGCAGUCAUAAUGCUAUUUUACACUUUCCUCAUACGCUGCUCAUUUCUUCAAUAUUGAGGUGAAAUAGGAAGAUAAAAGGAGCUGAAAUCGCCAAUGUUUCAUGUGCUUCCGUACAACGUUCCCACGGUCACGUUGUAGGCGUUCAAUGCAGUUAUUUCAAUAGUUUAUUUUUUCAAGUAUGCCUGUUUUUCCCAAGAGACUUGCGAAUAUUUUUUGAAGACACCGCGCAUGCGCAAGUCGAGCAGACGGACGGACUUUAAGCGUCUCCUGUCACGUGAUGUCGUGUAAAACAAAACACCACGUUUGUUAGCGUGUGUACAUAACCUAGUUGUAGGUGAGCGUAAAUGUAAUAGUCUAUACGCCUCGUAUAUACAAAAUAAACGUAGUCCACAGAGCGCGCUAACAGCGCCACCUGCGCCAGCACUCUUGGGCGUCGGCCUGUCAUGUCUGUCUUCCUCGGUGUGAACGUCGUCUUCGCAUGAGAAGUGACAACUCUCGACCAAUGUUUGCACGCAACACAGAAUGCAACUUUACUCUGUUGACACAAUGGAGACUUAUUUUGUUGGCACUCACAUUCGUUGAAGCCUGUCUUCGCUAUUGUUCAUAAGGCACAACAAAACUGUAGAAUACGUACCGUAGAGUCAGACCAUGUACUAUACAUGUAUGUAGCAUUGCAGAUUGCCCGUGUGGUGCUUUAACGCAUUGUGUGACUCGUGUGCGCAUGCUUAUGCGCUUCUGUCUUUUGCCGUUGAAUUCAUUGUUCGGCUGUAGCAAGCUUCCGCCUCACCAGGGCCCGUAUUCACAAAACGUCAUGGAUGCCAAGUGUGCCUGGCGCCCAAAUCGCCGGCCAUUGAGGAGACGGCCUUCCGUUGGGGAAGUUUUGUGAAUGCGGGCCCAAAUGUAUUGCGCUACUUAGACGGUGUCCUCAAGGUAGUGUAGAACUGUUUCACGAGCGGCAUACUAAAGCGAAGAAAAAAAAAGCGCUGGCUCAGCAUGCGCGUGCAUUGUGACGCUUUAGGUGCUCUGUUCACAAAAUAUUAAUAAUAAUAUAUUGGGCGCGUCUUCUAAUGAUUUUAUACCCACGAAUAUGUUUGUAACAUUUACUUAAUAUUGCUAUAUUGUAUGAAGCACCCAUUUAAACACAUUUCUAGUGAUUUUUUCGAUAUCUCGUUGUUGUGGUCGCACCAUAUAGCGGCCUUUACAGUUUCUAGUCACAUCUUAAGUUCGCUUUUUGUGAACUGUCUAAUCUACUUGGCGGUCACGUUUAGGUUCUAUGACGUCGUGCGCACCAACUUAUCGCACGUAACAUUGUUGAAACCUUAAUGGCUUUAGUUGUCUCUGUUGCGUUUUUUAUUGUUUUUGUUUUUUUGUUUACUGCUAAAUAAUAGUGCUGUACGCAACGGAUCCUUGUACUUUUUUGUCCAGCUGCCACAACAGCUGCCACAACGGCCACAGUAUAUUAUCCUGUACGUGGGAAAUAGGGUACGACCACAUUUGUUAAAGAGGAUAGGGAGACGAAUACAUGAAAAGGGGCUGAAGAACUUUUAACUUUUAUCAAGCCUGUUCGUCUGUAUUAUCAAGAAAACGUACAUUAGUAUAUUUUUUUGCGUGCUUCAAUUCGUGAAUUGCCAGUUAGCUCCCGGUUUCUUGUUCACUGCAAGUCAUCAUUGGCUCUGUGCAACUUUGCAGUACACGGCUUUAGCCCGCACGUCUGAAGCGCGGGAGCAGAGUGUGGCAGGACGUGCGUCUGCGCCCUCUAGUGGAGGCCGCUGAAUAGACACGAUUUCGGUAGAGCGAUUUGGGCGAGAUGGCCAAACUUCAUGACAUAAGAUCAGCAGUUCUUCGCCCACAGUUGCUUUAACCGCGCUUCGGUGCUUUGUGCUGUUCUUACGUCAUGAAGACAGCGGUCGGCUCCUUACUAGCUAGUAUCUGCUGGUUGCGUUGCCGUUGGCGCUGACUUCUGUGCUACGAACACAGCCGCUGCAAUGAACGAUGAGUGACGCGAGGCCAUGUAAGGCAUGUCUUCGUUUUGCAUUUCGGCAACUGCUGAGGCUCACGUGGCGUAGGGUAAUAUCGUUAAAUGCGAAUUAUGUAAUGAAAAGGACGAGUAAGCUUCAAUCAGACCGUUUGGCGACGCAUGCUCAAAACAAGUUGUCUCGAACCAGCGCGCUAGACGGCGCAAUUGCAUUUCGGAACGCAGCGCACCUGCGCUCUAUACAAGUGUGCUGGAGGCUGCACGAGUCUAAAGGUGAAUUACUUUUUCUUUCUUUCUUUUUUUUUACAUUCCUCGGUCAGCUUUGGCUCCCAGCGGUACAACUGUCAACAAAGAACGUAGCUGUAAUAACAGAAAUGAUGGUGCUAAGAGGAAAUAGAGCGCUUUUUUUUCUCUUGCACGGCACCCUCGUGACUUCAGGAGGGAAGACGUCUGCCACAAACGAUUCUUGACGCACACGUAUGACUCUAGAGCCACCAAAUUUUUUGUAGAUGCUUUAUAGAUUGGGUUGAGGCAAAAUCUUUUUUCCUGUCGACCUUAUCCAAUCAAGUCUAUGCGUAAAAUUAUGCGAUAUACUUUUAAGGGAACUUGAAAUUAUUCUUGUAUUUCGAACUGCGUAGCCGACAGCUGGUAACCAACCCCACCCUAAUAUUAUAUAGACGCCAAUAGUCGACGUAGGUGCUGCAAUUUUCCUAGCCUUUCUUCAUGCACACAAGUUUAUGGCCCGCUCUGUACACAUCGUGGGGGGAGGAAGGGGGGAGUGCGUUUGAUGGAUGUCCAGAUGUUGUCUAGAUUGCUCCCUUCGAAUUCUCUCAAAGAUUUAGCCGCUGAUAACGUAGGACGGUUUCCUGGCGGCCUUCAUAACAGCCAAAAAAAUUAUCCGGGAGCGCUGAAAUAACUCGUGAUCUUGCCGUAUGCUGUUUAUGCUGUUGCGCAUGCAAGCAACGCACGGAAUCACAUAUCACAGAAGAGUCUGUGCUUAAAAGUGAUAAGGAUGCUCAUCCAAAAUCGAGCACCGUUGGUGAUGUUAACAUCCAAAGGAACCCAGUUGUAACUAAUGUACAAUAAGCUGCAUAUUUUUUUAAGAAUUGUUAACCGCAUUAAACUUAUUCAAAUUAUUUUCUACAGUUCUAUCUUGUGUAAUUUUGUUCUAACAGAAAACUAGAGCCAGUGUUGCGCGGCAAGUUAUUACACUCUUGCGACGAGUAACACGAGCGCCAAGGGAUCGAUGCGCAAGCUUACUUUCUUUGCCGUGAAUGAAGAGAAAAAGCAACAAAAGAAAAAAAAGACCGGAUGCAUAUUGCAAAAAACCCACUCCAGCGUUCAAAUAUCAAUUUUAAAGGUAUGUGUAGAGAUAUGUCACUGGAUGGGUUUCAGCCAUUGAAUAGCGUUGGCGGAACAAACUUGUCAUUGUAACACAUUUUCUUCUGCAGGAUAAAAAAAAAAACAGAUGCUCCGUUUAUCAGAUGAAAAUAGCCGUGCAGCUCUGGCCUGAUACCUCAAGAAGCACAGUUCAUGCAGCCAUUUUUUUUCUAGUUUUCAAUAUAUUAAUAAUAUUGCGCCGCGAACAUUAUUGCACUACUGCAUGCGCCUGCAUAUACUACUAUACAUGCGCUUUUGCAAGAAAGACAAAAAAAAGCUAAGAUAAGGCAUCCAGAGCGAUUUAAUAUUUCAGUGAGGACACUUUCCACAUAAAUAUGCGUAUCCCCGACCACCAUCCGCUUUCCUUCACUAGGCUUUCCCAGAAGCUAUAGUGAGAGAGAAGGUAUGGCUGUGCCUGUUUUCAGAGCAUAAAAGUUAUCGCAGAUAUUCCCGGUGCUCUUGGAUGGCGUUAAGCACGGAGAAGGAUCAGCGAAUUUGCCUGUUCAUUACACUGACUGUAGUAAGGCGGCUCUAAGGCCUUCCUGCGUGGCUGCUGUGGUACGGCUCACGUAGUGAGUGCUUCCCGUUAUGUGGGUGCACGCCAUUUGCUCGGGGGUAUUAGGCUGCACGUAAAUGUAAUGUUACGAGUCGACGUAAAAAUGUUAGAAAGGCGCCUUUAGGUAAUAACUUUGCACGAGAGAAUACGACCUGAACGUUUUGCGGGUCUGCGGGUACAUUUACGAAGGGACGAGCCCACGAGGAAGGAUAAUCCACUGGGAGAUGAGGGCCGGGGGUGGAGGGCAAUUAAAAGAAAAAAAAAAGAGGCCGAGUUGGAAGAAAUAAUCAUUAAGACUAUAAAGAUCGUGAAAUUCAAUAGCUGCAUUCGAGAUCACCUAAAGAAAGCAAAUGCAAACGCACUCCUUUUGGGGGGAAUAGCAGCUUGUCCCUAGUUUGAUUCCGUUUUCGGGAAUUUUCGUGUUUAGACAAAAGGUAUGCUUACUAAGCUUGGCACUUAAGAGUAAGCGCUCGCCAUUAUGGGGCACUAGAACACAAAAAUGGGGCCAUAUUUGGCCCAUCCAGUUACUAUUGCAAAAAUGGCUCUCAUCACAAAGAGAUAGCAACGAAUCACUUUGUUCUCCGACCGUUGGCCAAACCAAGAUGCCCUUGUGUCCGGCGGUGAGCCUUACAUGUAUGGCCAAAGGGACACACAAUAAAUUGUGGCAAAUCUUUCAGCUGCUCAAAAUAGCGCGAAAAAGAGAAAACACGAAGUAAAUAAACGCUGCCACCAUUGCCGCCGCAAUGAAGUAUUGCCACAACACUACGAAUUGGUUGAGACUCUACAUGGGCAAGGCGGUGUAGGCAAAAUGGGCGAGAUGGUGUUUUUCACUUCAUAAGAGUUGCACACGUCGAACAAGCGCAUGAAAUACAGGUAGGGACACGUAAGAACAUCAGUGCGCUGGGAAAUAUUCAUUAUGCUGUUGCGCCAAUUCUAUAAUGGCGCUUCGUUGAAGCAAUAGCCUUCGUGAACCUACAUACGCCAUGAAAUGGUGGAACGCGUAAUUAGUGGUAUACUAACAAAAGGCGAUCGAGAGUUCAAUAGAUAUCUACAUUGCGCUUCCUUGCGUGGAAGCGAAAUUUGCACGAAGUAACGGCCACCAUCGACGCUCGAAACACCUUAUAGCACUUAGUGCGAAAUGCCGCGCCAUUGGACUGCUCUUGUUUGUGCCAUCCAUCUGUCCGUUUCUAACACGUCAUCCGAAAAGGAAAAAAAAAGAGACAUCCACACGCACACACGCGCAUCACGCACACAGACGCAUCACGCACACACACCGUAGCGACCUCGGUCAGACCGACGUGCUCGCCUUCGUCUCCCAAAGGGGGUGUAGUAAUGACAGCGAAGGGAAGCAUAGUUUCCUUACUUUCACUCGGUGCAUGCACGACACGGGUCCUUAACGCGGUGCAGCAGGGAUCUUCCGAUUGUGGUUACCAACCCUGUCGUGCCGGCGGCCCCGUUCGCUAUCGAUCUGUCCUUGAUGACAGGCCGCUAGGCAAGACACGCAAUCUACUGGGCGUCUGGCACCGACCGCAUUUCAGGCCGCCCGACAGUGUUUGCCCCUGCGGCACCGGCCUUAAGCACUGCGCCAGAAGCGGAAGUCAAUCCUUUGGCUAUACGAGGAAAGUGAGCGCCGGCCCUUUUUCCGCAGAACUAUCAAUUAGUCAACUAGCCGGCCGAAAUUUGAGUCCGCGUGGUUGACUCGCACACAUAUCAAGUGACCGCUCCCUGAAGCGAUCGAUACGCCCAGUGUGUGUUUCCUAUUGCAGCCGAAUCAGCUAUGUGACCUCUUCGUAAGAGUAAUUGGGAGCGCUGUAGGAACAACGCUCGCCCACGUGCACGAAGGGUACAAAGAGUCGACAUGCCGACAAAGCGACGUACUGCAUUCAUUUGUUUGCAAAGUAAAUACUGCCUCUGAGAAUCAAACUUGUGUUGGUCUGAAGGAACUUCGUUGUUUUUGUGGAGUGUUGAUCCUCAAUGUUCACGCGGCGUAGUAUAACUGAUCGCCCACUGCGUAAAUUCUUGCAGUUUCAAAUGAACGGAUCCAAAAGCAUAUAAUACUUAUUCGAUAUACUUUGCUAGAAUGUGGUUUCGUUGUUGCUUAAAUGAACAUCUUCAAGGUUUCCUCUUAAUUGCUCGAACCUAGGCAGGCGCAUCUGAAUUGAACAUUUCAUUAAGGGCGGUCGGGGGGCUUAGACGCAUAAAAACGCAUCUAAGCACUAUGUUCGUCUGGAUAGAAACCGCAAUACGAAAGUAAACACCAUCAGCUGCAGUAUCGAAAGAUUAUUUCAUUGAAAGAUAAAGAGAAAUCCACUGGAUUCUCACGAGACGUGACCAAGUUUAAUGGAAGCUAUACAUAAGGCAUGAUUCGCACUGGUAUUUCUCCCGCGCUAUAUUAAUUCCUUCAAGUUCAACCCGAUCUUUCUUAGAUGUAAUUUGCAACGCUUAGAGAUUUUAAAAUAAGACAAUGGUUGACGCACUAUUUAUUUUAGAUUUCGUACUUCAGGAAUUAAAAUUGGCGAUGAUCAAUUUGAUUUAUGUCGUUCAUGACAUUUCUUAAUGUUGUGGUCACACUGCAGUAACGAUACAGGAAUGUCGAGAAAACAAAAACCUCACUGUUAGCGACAGUACUUCCUGUUGCUCAAGUUUGUACUUUGCAAACUGUGCCCAUGAUAACACAUUUGCUUGCAGAAAUAUGUCUGCGAGUUGUGCUGUCGGCACGUGUUUCCCGCAUGUACGGUUUGGUGGUUAACUAUGGAUGCAAUGAGUGAAUGCCUCAGUCUUGCUUCGAGGGGCUUCAUUUUGUGGUCGCUUCACACAAAGCUGUUUAUGACUAAAUGCUGAAUAGAGUAACAAAUCAAAUGGCUGUUCAAGGUUUGUUUAAAAUGAUCUUCCUAGAAUAUUAAGUUGACCCAGGAAGAAACCAAUGUACAAAGCUACCAGUGGUUUUUAGAGAUUUGGGCCCGUAUUCACAAAACUUUUCUUACGUAAGUGACGUCCGUAAUUGGCCGUCGCCACGGCGAUCGCCUCGUUACCUUCCCGAUCGCCAUUAUGAGUGGCGGGUGCUCGAACGCCGGCCAAUGAGAAAGUUGGCUUACGUAAGAGGAGUCUUGUGAGUAAAGGCGCUGGGUGAACGUUGCACUUUGUGGACUGUAAACGUUGUGAACACUGUAAUAGUAUUGUAUUCAACACGCUGUUUCUGUAUUCAACACACAUGCAAAACCAAUCUCGUGCCCAUAAUUUAUGCCUGUAUGCGCUUCAACCCUGAUCCCAAAAACCUGUGCUCAUGAAAUUUGACUGUACGCGCUUCAGCCCUGUGUCUUCACUAUUUCACGAAUAAAGAACUACAUUA